AAUUUAGGGAUAUAAUAGCUGUAUUUAAAUACGGAUUUUGACUGUGGAUGCAUAUAGACUAAACCAUAUGCGAUUGCAAACAUGUUCAUGUCUAAUAUGAUGUGCCAUACUAAAAAAUUGACCAGUUGCUGAACAUAAUGUUGUGUUUUUAUUGUAAAUAAAGGCGGACUUGUUGCAUCCUUUGACGUACUUACGAAUUGCAAAUAAAACUGGAAGAACAAUGUGCCGUUGAAAUAUUGCGGAAUAUUUGUGCGGUGCCAGUUACAUUUUCCUUCAGGCGCUAUCUGAGUAGUUAUCACCAGGCAACAUGAAGCAGGCACAUCUUCUACUUGUCGGCUUGGCAGUCCUGGUGUUUUUCGGUGCAGCUUACAUUUAUGGUCUCGAUAAACAGACGCUCUCGCCCGUUGAAAUAUUUUGGAUGCAGAAAGAUAAACAGAAUGCAUUACCCAAAGCAGAGGAAUCACGUGACUACAUGAUCCCGAGUGACGUCGAGCUGAAGAACAUGUCUAAUACGCAAUGGAAGCAGAUAUAUUGGAAGUAUAUAAACCGCCUUCAGACGCUGUGCAAGGACGUGGUCCGGGUGGGGAAGCUGAAGGACGGGGAAAAAGAGAUAUGUGCUGACGAACGCUACAGGCCGAGAGCUCCAUGCAUCAUAUACUCGUUCGGCAUAAACAAUGACUUCUCGUUUGACCACGAAGCAGUAAAAAUGUUUGGAUGCGAUGUGUUCUGCUUUGAUCCGAGCAUGAAGAUGGAGUCGAAACGCAUUUCAGACCAUGUCUGGUUUUACAAUUGGGGACUUUCUGGAGAGAAUACGGUCGACAAGCAAGGCUGGAAGAUGAAAACUCUGAGAACCAUUAGAAAUGAUCUCGGACACUCGAAUAAAACAAUUGACAUCCUAAAAAUGGACAUAGAGACGUUUGAAUGGAAUUCCAUGCUGCAAAUGAUUCCCGCAGGAGACCUCGAUGACGUCAGACAGUUUGCUGUUGAGGCACACUUCAUGCAUGGUAACAUUCCAGGAAACUCGCAGUUAUCUGCCCUUAGACAACUGUAUGACAGAGGUUUUCGGAUAUUCAUGAGGGACAGAAACCUAUAUUUUGGGAUAGAAGGGUCUAUGACAACAUUGAAUGAGAUUUCAUUGAUCAACGUUCUCUACAGUUAGGAGACUUGAAGCAUGAGUGAGUAACAACCCAGCGCAAAGAGCUAUUUUGGGUUCAUGACUAGUGUGAGUGGAGAGUGUAUAAGCUCAAAGCGAAUUCAGAUCACGACAGUUCAACACUUCUGGCGCGGAUAUACAUAGGGACAUUGACAUAGGAACUAAAAAUGGUUCACGGAUUGAUCAAGUGACAAUCACCAUAAAAUGUUGUGCAGUGUUUUAAUGUGAUAUUUUAAGUAAAAUGCAAUACAACCAAUAUAUAAUUUUAAGUGUUAUCAAACCUUAAAAAACAUGAAGAUUAGAUGCCCAAAGGCAGUAUAUCUACUCCUCGAAGUAAAUCCAAACAAAUAAAACUAACAUACGACUGCAAGAACUAGAUCGAUCUCUGAUAUAAGGGCAUGAUAUUUGCACAUUUCACUCUGUGUAUCUAUUUUGUACAUUUUAUUUUUAUAUUUAGCGUGAAAAAAUACACAGGUAGUUGUGUCAUUUUUAGCUUUUAAACUUUGAGUUUGACAUUGACCUCUAACCAAUUGACAUGUAAAUUGAGGGUUAUAUACUUAAGAAAUAGUAAACUCCACUGAGGUUCC